AUGGGUGCCUCAGAGUCCAAGCUGGUCUUCAAGCAAGGCAUCUUCAGACUCUCCGAGCAGGCCAACAUCCCGCCAGACGACCCGUACUGGACUGGGUUCUGGGAAUUGCCAGAGUCGGUCGAAGAUGUCUUCAGUUUGUUCUCGCCCGUCGAUAUACGGCGGACUCGCGAUAGUUCGCUGUCGAAUUUAGAAACGCUUUUACUGGCCAUCACCUCACGAUUAGUUGCAUUACGACACCAUCCGUCAUUUCCUGACCCCGAGAUAGCGCCGGCGAAGGAUGCGCUGAACUGCAUUCGUAUCCUGACACGUUUGCUGCCGUUUGUUUACGAGGCCGAUAACUUGGAGGAAUGGGAGGAUGAGUUCUUCUGGAGGAGGAGACGGAAGAAGUCCCGAAAGGCACAGCUGUCGUCUCGGGUGCUGUUUGAUGAAUCUCGUGGCCACGAGGACGAUGAUGAAGAAGACGACGAUGGGCGGCUUGAUAGGAGGAGGACGACGGAGGACGAUUAUGAGGAUGCAAAACCGCUUGCUGAGGAACUGCUGGAUACGCUGUUAGACUUACUAUUCUUCAACGGGUUUACGAUACCACCACUGCCAGUGUCGAAGGGGAAGGUGGUAUAUUCUAUAUGGCAGAGCGGUGUAGGAUGCAAUACUGCGAUGGGAUCGAAUAAAGAGCUUGAGAGCAAUAGAACGGAGGUCCUGAGGCUGUUGCUCACCAUAACCGGCCAAUCUAUGUACAUGCAGCCAAAUCUUCUACCUGUCAAAGGAGUGAAGUCGUUCACAUACCUGGUUACCUGUGGCGAGAAGAAGCUGGUUAUGUCGCUGCUCUGCUCUCUAUUAAACACUGCAAUUAAAUAUAACCCAACUCCGUGGCGGCUACCUUACGAUCACGUUGUUUGGAAAGACCCGAAGCAGAUACUCGUCAUAUACUGCUUACAAUUAAUGCUCGCUCUCGUACUAUAUCCAAUCCCCGAAGAUGGUCGGGGAACGCUACCGAAGAAUUAUUACCGACACUUCCUCGGAAGGCUGCAUCAACCCCAGGAUUUCCAGUUCUUGGUCGAAGGCAUGACCAGAAUACUCAACCAACCGAUGCAAGCAACGUCUUCAUAUCUUCCUGGAAGCCAGAAAUCAAUAAAGUGGGCUCCAGAGAUGCUCAUGCUAUUCUGGGAAAUGGUUCAAUGCAAUAAACGGUUCCGAUCGUUUAUCGUAGAUUCAAACCGCGCCCAUGAUUUUAUCGUCAUAUGCAUUUUCUACGCAGUCGAGUACAAAACAGACCCGACCAAGAACGGUCUAGUCAAGAUGUGCAUCUUCUUACUUCAGACGUUAAGCGUUGAGCCGAACUUUGGGAAAAAUCUGUUCAGGAAAUUCGAAGCCCAAGAAACUCUACCACCUAACAUACGGUUGGAGAAUUUCAGUGGCACUUAUGGCGACUUCUUAAUCAUCUCCGUCCAUACCCUCAUGACGACUAGUAAGGGUAAACUAGACGCUGUAUACCCAGCCCUGCUAGCCAUUAUCAACAAUGUGGCAGCUUAUGCCCAGCGCCUUUCUCCGGCCUGCUGCUCCAAGAUUCUUCAAUUAUUCAUUUCAAUGUCUUCCCCUAGCUUCCUUUUAGCCAACGAGACCAACCAUCUCCUUCUAUCCUCUCUCCUCGAGUUCAUAAACGCUGUUGUAGAACAUCAGUUCAGCAAAAACGCAUAUCUCGUCUACGUUGUACUUAAAUCUAGGCGCCGGUUCGAGUCUCUACGCGCAUUCACUCUAAAAAGCGGUCAACAGGAAAUAGAACAGCAAAACCAACUACGAAAAGCCACAUCUAGCUCCAGCAGUGACUUCUCAACUACCUCUCGCUCGCAUUCAAGAGAUGACGACCCCCAUGAGGCUGCAAGCGGGAGACGACCAUUGAGUCAUGUCCCGGAAGAAGAUGCGACGUUUGCCAUUGGAGACGAUGAUUCGGAUGAGGAAGGAGAAGGCAAUAACUCUUCGCAAGUCGUUUCUCCGACUGCUGAAGGCUUCCGGUCUGCACCUAUAUCACCGCUAGACGAAUCUGUCCCUCUCCAGCUUAGAGGGCUAUCUGAAAAGGCACGAGGUAAAAUGCCAGCAGGACAACCAACGUUUUCCCGUCAAAAUAGCAUGACAAGCAUCAGUAGCUAUGCUGCCACUGUCACCACUAACUCUCGUGGCUUCGUUCCUACAUCGGCAUGGAUUGAAACCUGGGUCCCGGAACUGCCUCUCCAUACCAUCCUCUGUGUGAUAUCGUCGAUAGCUCACCGUAUACCCGCAGUCGCGCUCGAGUCGUCUCUAAAUCCAGAAGCACGCACGUUAAUAGCAGAGCUCCCAUCCUUCGCCGCCGCACCACAGAUCAGAUCCAUACUCGCCGAGCCAUCUCCCAUCCGUGUACACAUGUUCGAGUGGUCGCCCCUCUCUCUCGGCUGGUACGAGUCGCUCCUCUGGGGCUUCAUCUUUGCCAGUGAAAUGGUCGUAGGAUCCGCGGCGAACUCGACUCCUGGAACGGUAGGCGUCUGGAACGGGACCUCCAUCAAACUAUUCAGGGUACAGGAAGUAGCAGCACAGGGCCCGACGUUACUCGCGCCAAAGGGUGCAGUUGAUGCCGUGGGGAGUAACCUGGUCCAGCGAAUUGGGAGUCUAAACAUCACUGGCCGGAGUAGUACUACCAGCCAGGAAGGACGGGAAGAGUCAGGCACCGCCCGGAUGAAGACUUCUUUUCUUGCCUCCGCGGUCGUGCUCGCGGCCGCCCUCGAGCCUGUCGCUGCUUUCUCCGAGCCACUACAAAAUAUACUGAAAAACACCGACCGGAGUCCGAUCUAUAGAUAUCCUACAGACGUGACUCGCGGUAUCAUUCCUGUCCCGGUUCAUUCACACAACGACUACUGGAGGGACGUUCCUUUCUAUACCGCUCUGUCUGCUGGCUGUAUCUCCAUCGAAGCCGAUGUUUUCUUGAUCAAUGACACUCUCUAUGUUGGCCAUGAGCAAUCAGCCUUGACCAAGGAACGUACUCUCAAGUCUCUCUACAUCGAUCCCAUCAUGGACGUCCUCAAGAAGACGAACCCCAAGACUCCCUUUGUCCACAGCGUUACCAGAAAUGGUGUUUUCGAUGCCUCUGCAGGCCAAACUCUCUAUCUCUGGAUUGAUGUCAAGAACUCUGGCGAGAAAGCGUGGCCGCAAAUCAUCAAGGCUCUCCAACCACUCCGUGAUGCCAACUACCUCACCAAGAUCCAAAACAACGAGACCAUGGUCCCGGGCCCUGUCACCGUCAUUGGAACUGGCGGUACUCCCCUCGACCAGAUCGUUUCGGUUGCGGAUCGUGAUUACUUCUAUGACGGGCCUCUCAAGGAUUUGAGUGCAUUCACUCGUCUCAUCUCGCCAAUUGCUUCCACCAGUCUCAUGGAAGUUGUUGGAGAUAUUCACAAUGAUAGCGAGAACCCACUGAACAGCACUCAGCUUGAGGCUGUUCGCGAUCAGCUCAACAAGGCGAAGGCCAAGGGUAUUGGUGCUAGGUAUUGGGAGACUCCCGGAUGGCCCAUUCGCCUGAGAAAUGAGCUAUGGAGAACUCUUUGGAAGGAAGGAGUUACCCUGUUGAAUGCUGAUGAUGUACAUGCUGCGGCAGAGUACUUUUGA